AUGAAAGGCAAAGCCUUACCGGAGGUUAAACAAAAGACAUUUAUUUUUAAAUAUGACCCGCAUUUCUCUCCCAAGCAAAUGUUUAGCGAAUUUAAGGAGGCUAUUCACGGCAAAAAGUAUAUUCAACCGGAAAAUGUUAUGAUGGCCAAUGAUUUAGCGGUCAUUCACCGCAUAAUUAGUAAAGCUCGCUUAAAGGUAUUAGCCAAUUGUGGAAUUAUUGAGUUAAAAGAACAAGGCAAAGAAACUCAACCUAUCGUUCUUUACGAGCAAAUUGUUUUAGAUUUUCCAGUGAAUAAGGAGGUUUUGGCAAGAAAGAAAGAGGCUGUUAAUGAAACAAAAGCGGUAGUAAUAGCAAGAAACAGAGAGAGAAUUUACUCACCUAACCAGUAUUCACACGAAGUCAAAUAUCCCCCGUAUUACUCGCACAAAAGUAGUUAUCAGGAGGAAAAUACACCAGACGGACUUUUUAAAUUAGAUUUACAGUUUUUUGCUGAUGAUUUACAAACUAUCGAGAAAAAAGUUGCUGAGUUAUACGAUUUUUUCGACCCUAGUAAAGAAACUCUCAUCCCUGUCAAUGAUAUUCCUAGUUUUAUUAGUUCUUCUCUUUCGACCAUCAACCAAGCGACCCAUAACAUUAAAAUUUCUAACCAAGUUUUAGAAGGGAAGAAUAGUACUUUACAAAAAGAAAACGAUGAGUUUCAGGCAAUAAUCUUUAAUUUAGAGACCGAACUAAAAAAUUCUCAGGAAGAAUUAACCAAAAAAGCAACUGAAUUAUUAAGAGCCAAAGAAACAUUAAAACGAAAAAGCGAAGAAGAAGAAUUAAAUUGGCAAAAUUACGAAGAGGCGAAGGAAGAAUUAGAAGCAGCGAUGGCGGAAAUCGAAUAUGAAGCAGGAGAAAAAUAUGUAAAAAAGUUGCUCGCCGAGAAAAAAGACUUAGAUAAAACUGUUGCUGAAUACAAAAACCAAGAAAAAGAGUUGGAAAGUGAUAUUAUUACUCAACUUCAAACCCAACAAAAUUAUUUAGGAUUAAGAAUUAUAGAAUUAAUCAAGGAUAAUGAGCAACUAGAAGAACGAUUAUCAGCACUUAAUGAAAAACUUUUCCUUAGUUCCGAAGCAAGCACUCGUCAGAGAGAACUUGACCCUAGAUUUAAAGAUAGUAAUUUAAAAGGGGGUUUUAGUAAUGAAUUGGGGGAACUAGAUAAAUAUAACCUUCCAUACCCAGCAGACUUGACACUUGACACUGGCGAGAGUAGCAAAAGUGUUGGUUAUUUCGGUAUACCGCAAGUGGAAAGUCCCUACACAAAUGAAUUCAGUUUCGAUUACAGCAAUUCGAACAGUCCUAAGACACCCAGGACACCGGGAGAAAAAGAUGGCUCAGACGAAUUUUUCCUCCCCGAAUCACCGAAAGAUAGAAAAAGUUCAAGUUCAGUAAAAACCGAGAAACGAACAAAAAAUGAAUUGAUUGAACAAUUGCGAACAGAAUUAGCAAUAGCAAGAACCCAGUUGGUGACCAAUGAAGAAUCUUCUGCCAGUAAAACAAUUGGCAAUAUUAGAAAUAUUUUAGUCUUAAAUGAUAGUGCUGAUAUAGAGGCAGAAGUUCAGUAUUUGGUAGAGCAAUUAUCAUCCACUUUCAAGUUAAUCUCCAAAUUAGUCCAAAUUGAAGAUAUUUUGGGUGAAGAUAAUAUGAAAGAGGAAAAUUUAAAAAAACUUCUUGCUAAUAGUCAGAGAAUAACCGAAUUGGAAUCCGAAAGGGAGUGUUCCGAAUCACUAGCAGAAGAUACUGUUAAAAAAUAUAAAGCAGUCGAGUCAGCAGUAGAAGAUUUAGCAAAAGUAUUUCGGAGUGAGGAAGAAAAAAUAAAACUGUUAAAAAAAAAAAUAGCCAAUUUAACCUCCGAAUUAGAGCAAGUUGAAAGUGAAAACCAUGAGUUAGUAGAAGACCUAAAUUUUUUACUCGAUUUGGAAAAAACUGACUUAGAAAAACAAAAAAAACAAGUCAAAAAACUAGAAGCUGAACUCUUGGCUAGUCAAAGCGAACAAAGAAAUUCGCAAAAAAAUGAUUGGCAAUUAGUCGAAGAAAAAAAAGAAGAAAUUAUUAAACUCCAACGAGUAAUAGCAAAAAAGGACGAAGAAAGUGCGGAAAAACUAUGGCGUUUGAACCAAAAUAAUCUUUUUUUAGCCGAGGAGAAUGAACGCUUAACAAAACAAUCUUCGCAACAAUUAGACGAUAACAAAAAGCAAAAUAAUAUUGAUUUAUUGAGCCAAGGAAAUCAAGUAAUAGACGAGAAAAAUGAUUUAAUUCGGGAAAACGAGUUAUUAAAUUAUGGAGUUUUAAAUAAAAAUAGUGAGUUAGAGGCUCAAACUGAAAAAAUAAACGAUUUAGCAGCGGAAAUAACUACUCUGAGCGGUCAACUAGAUAUGGCAAAUGAGAAUAUUGCUACCCUCCAAGUUAAUUUAGAAGCCGCCGAAAACGAACGAGAUGCUCGCCCCAAUAUAACUAGCAAUGAUUACGAUAACUUAAUUGCGGAAUUAAAUGAGGCUAAUAUUGCGAUUACUGACUUAAAUAAUAUCAAUACUAUUCGCAAUAGCCAGCAAAAUACUAAUCUCCACCCUGACCUCCAACAAGCCCAGGCUGAAAAUUUAUUAUUCCAAAUCUUUCUCGCCCAAAAAAACCAAGAGUUUACUAACGAACAAACUAAGCACACUAACACCAAAUCUCGCUUAACUAAUCAGCGGAACAUUUUCCAAAAUCGUUAUCAACGAGUUUCCGGAGAUUUAAACAACACUCAGCAGGAAAAUAAUCAACUGAAAUCCGACUUGAAUAAUGCUAAAAAUGUAAACAGCCAACUAAAAAACCAAGAAAAACAAAAAGUCGCGGAUUACGAAACAGGAUUAGAAAAAAUAUUUACUGAAUUUAAGCAAGAGUUAAAUAAUGGUAUUAAUAAACUGCAAACUGCUAAUGAUUUAAUAAAUCAAGCCCAACAAGAUUUAGAUAUUCCUGAUUUAGUUGCUCUGAAAAAUAAAACUAGUAAUCGAACGCUGUUUAUUCUUAUUCAAGAAAGUGAUGAAUACCGACAAAAUAAGCAAAAAUUAACUGCGGCUGGUUAUAGUGAUUUAGUAGCACUUCUGAACGCUAAACUGCCCCCAACUCCAACUAAAAAGCGUUGUCAGUGUAAGAUGAAACUAAAACAGCAAAAGCAAAGAAUUUUACAGAAAUUUAUCACCGAUUUAGACUUAAAAUUAGCGGGUAAGAAAAUUACUACCCAAGAAGUAAUUACUAUUAUUCAAGAGUUAUUAGGCAAACCAAAAACCGAAAUUCCCGUCCAAGUUGAACCUUUAACCGAAAAUAAAAAUUGA